AGCUUUUGGGCUCUAGAAGGACGGACACUUGGGACAAUGAACGCAUACGACAAUUAUGACUAAAUAGCGGUAGACUAGGUCCGGCUCCUUCUCCGUCUCCAUCUCCGUCCAACAAAAUCGCUCUCUCUGUGUGUACAAUAGGAAAAAGAAAAAACAACUUCGUCAAUCACGACUCUUUCUGUAAAAUAACUUUGAAAAAGAAGGAAAGAUGGGAAUGAAACAGGCAAUAAAGAGCCUGGACGCAUUUCCUCGUCCAGAAGAGCACUUGUUGCAGAAGACACAAUCUGGAGCUCUUGUUUCUGUCAUUGGUCUUGUAAUAAUGGCUACUUUGUUCUUGCACGAGCUGACGUAUUAUCUCUCCACAUAUACGGUUCAUCAGAUGUCCGUAGACUUGAAACGUGGAGAAACUCUUCCAAUUCACAUCAAUAUGACAUUUCCUUCUUUACCUUGUGAUGUCUUGAGUUUGGAUGCAAUUGAUAUGUCUGGCAAGCAUGAAGUGGAUCUUGAUACCAACAUAUGGAAACUUCGCCUGAACAGUCAUGGUCAUAUCAUUGGCACUGAAUACUUGUCAGACCUUGUAGAAAAGGAACAUGCUGCUCACAAACAUGAUGAAGAUAAAGAUCAUCAUGAAGAGUCUGACUUAAAACUUCAGGCUCAUGGCUUUGAUGAAGCUGCUGAGAGUAUGAUCAAGAAAGUCAAGCAGGCUUUGGCAAAUGGAGAAGGAUGCAGGGUCUAUGGUGUUCUAGAUGUCCAAAGGGUUGCUGGAAACUUUCAUAUUUCAGUUCAUGGGCUAAACAUUUUUGUUGCCCAAAUGAUCUUUGAUGGAGCCAUACAUGUCAAUGUAAGUCAUAUAAUUCAUGAUUUAUCAUUUGGACCAAAAUUUCCUGGACUUCACAACCCUCUUGACGGGACAGCCCGAAUUCUGCAUGAUGCAAGUGGAACAUUCAAAUAUUACAUUAAGAUUGUUCCAACUGAAUAUCGGUACAUUUCUAAAGAAGUUUUGCCGACUAAUCAAUUCUCUGUUACUGAAUACUUUUCCCCCAUGAGCGAAUAUGAUAGGACAUGGCCAGCUGUUUACUUCUUGUAUGAUUUGUCGCCUAUCACUGUGACAAUCAAAGAGGAAAGGCGUAGUUUUCUCCAUUUUAUCACUCGGCUUUGUGCUGUAUUAGGUGGUACAUUUGCUUUAACAGGAAUGCUAGAUAGAUGGAUGUACAGGCUUCUUGAGGCAGUAACUAAACCCAAUACUAGAUUACGGUAAGAGGUGGGAACUUUUUGCAUUAUCAGUAUGUAAAAUCACAUGAACGAGGAAUUCUAGGCAAAGCUUUAUGAAGUUACCAAGUUUCAACAAUCAUUGUUGGAUGCAGAAGCUUUGGUUUUAAAGCCCAUACUGCUUGUGUUAUCUUUGUCAAUGGUUUACCCCUCCCCACCUAUAAUCAAUGGUGACUUGAAAUACUAUUUUAUACAGCCACCCUAACAUCGUAGGGGUGAAGUUUGCAGGUUGUAACAUCUCAGUGUACAUCUAUGAUUUUUCCAGGGCCAUAACAUUUUUAUUGCUUUUUACCUAAAUAAAUUUUGGGUCUGACAUGUGAUAAUUGUUCUCUUGAAAAGAUAUGUUCAGCAUUGAGCUCGUUCUAA